GCGCCAUUUCUCCCAAAACGCCUUUUCCGUCAGCGUAUUGGCGCACGGUCGGAGGUCGAGUCAAACUUCGCUACACGCCGGAAAGCGUCUAAUCAGCGUGCUUGCGGCGAAAAGCGAGGCUCUCGAAUGCAAAUGAUGUGAUCGAGAAGAGCGAGCCCGGCCCUUGCUGGCCAUGUGCGCUCGGCUCAUUGAACGCUACCGCGACAAAUGAGUGCCUCCUGUGACGCAGUCCGCUGAUAGCCUUCGUCUUAUAGCGCCUGCUCAACUUCUCGGCUACGCUGUCGUACUCUGACGGCAAGAUGUCAGGCAUUGCCAGACGGCGAUCAUCUGCCUAUGCGCUGCUGACGGCUCUACUGCUAUCGUCUGCUAGCUUUCACGACAUACUAGAUUGUGGCGUCAGCAGUGUCGGCGCUCGUCCGGCUUCCGAGCGGCCAGUCUUUGUGCCAGAGCCGGGCCCAUCGCCAGCAGAAGCCAAGGACUAUCUAGAGAACCUCGGCGUCGACACGAGCAGCGCAGCAAAGAGUCAUGAAGAUCUCUCGCUUGAUAUCUCCAACACGACCAAGCACAUGUACAGCCUGGCCGCCCUACCGUGCCUGCCAUCGACCGCCAACGACGUCACGAUCAAUGCACUCUUUGCGGCAGGCGGGCCUGGCUACACCGUCUCGCUGUGCCCGAACACGGUCUACACAAUCACCAGCUACAUCAUCUUCACCGCACAUGGUCAGGAGCUGUCGACGCAAGGCUAUCCCACCGGUAGCAGCCGCGCACUCAUCAAUGUCAUGGGAUCAGGUCAAGCGACCGCCAUCUAUGGCGCAUGCGGUGAUUGCAAUUUCAUCAAAAUGCGCAACAUCCAGAUCAACGGCAAUCGACCGCUGCUAGGCAGACUCACCGAGAAUGGCUGGGGACUGAUGGAGAUCGGUGGCCCAACCAAUGGUCAGGUCGUCGACAAUGUGCAUGCUUAUGAACCUCGUGGCUGGACGGCCAUGCAUAUCACUGAGGGCUACGGCAACUCGUGCACCAAUGCAACGGUGUCCAACGGACAGUUUGGACCUUCCGGCACUGCGCCCAACACGGCGCGUCAAUUCUAUGCCUCGCUGAAGAAGCUGCACCAAUUCUUCCUCACUCCACCGCGCCAGCUAGCCAAACGAGACUAUUCGGCGCCCGGCGAAUGGGCAGAUGGCAUCAGCAUCUCCUGCGCGUCUACGACGAUCAUCAACAACGUCAUCACGAACCCGACAGACGGCGGGAUCGUGCUCUUUGGGUGCCCCAACUCGUACGUCGCUGGCAACACUGUCAUAGCGGAGGACAGAACCCUGCUCGGCGGCAUCAACAUGGUCGAUUUCUAUCCCUGGAACGGCAACUUUUCCGGUCUCAUCGUUGAAAAGAAUAAUAUCGUCUCUGCUGGCUCGAUGAUUAAAGUCGGCAUCGCAAUGGGUACCCUCGUCUGGGGCAGUAUCAACUCGACUCAAUUCCAGAACAGCGGUGGCACCGUACGCUACAACACGCUGAGCAGCUCCGGACAGUACGGCUACAUCGGAUUUGGCAUCGCAACGGCAGGUCAUCUGAAUGCCGCUACAUACGGUAACACCUUUUCGGCUGCAGCGUGGAAUGGAAUACCUUCGCAAGCUUGUGUUGGCCAAUUUCUGCCGCCGCGUCCAAAGGCGCUUACCUAUGAUCCGUACACUACUAGUGGCAGCUUUCAGACUGGCUCGUCCCAAGAUACGCUCAUGUUUCUGAUCUGCAUGAUGCCUUAUCAAUACGAUCCGAGCUAUGUGCCGCCUAGCACCACUUCGACCUCGACCUCAUCUACGUCCACAUUGUCCAGCAGCAGUUCGAUCGUCUUAGCGGCCGUGACGACGAAGUCUGCGCUACCAAGCACAACGACGACGGUCACCGUCAGAAUAGCGACGAGCACAAAGAAGGCGGCUAUCCCAAAGGCGACUAAGAAGAAGAAAGUCAAGAACCCGAUGGGCAAAGCGUCCAAAGUCAUAGCGAUGCGUGAAGCUCUUUCGAGGUUCAAAAUUUUCUCAGUGGCGGGUGAGGACACCGAGUUCGAUUUAGAGGAGUGGGACGUUCCAUUCGCGGCUAGAACGGGCACACCCAUGUUUGUUGAUCACGUCUCGCGAGGCUUUGACAAGCGAGAUAUGCUUAGCGAUUUCCUGUAGAUGUCUCACUGUAUGUAAUGCAAAUAAUCGAAGAUUGCCA